AUGUGGGACACUUAUCCUCCCGAAAUCAAGGAAAACGUUCGCAAUGCGUGCCUUGGAAUCAUCGGCGACGGCAGUUCUCUCAUUAGGGCAACGGUUGGAAUCAUAAUCGCCAACAUCGUGGCUAAAGAGGGCAUCAGUCAAUGGCCGAAGCUGUUGCCGACGCUGUGUUCCAUGAUUGAUUCACCAAAUCCGAUUCUUUGUGAGGGAGCCUUCACCGUCGUUCAGAAGGUGUGUGAAGAUUCGGUAGAAUAUGGGAAAGAUGAACAACGUAUGCUGAUAGAUGCGCUUUUUGUGAAGUUGCUGCAUUUUUUCAAAUACCCCAACCCUAAAAUAAGAACUUUGGCUUUACAAUGUGUCAAUGGCUUUCUUUUGAGCAGAAGCACGUUUGUUGACAAUUAUAUUGACAUUUACUUGGAGAACCUAUUUUCGUUGGCCCAAGAUUCUGACAAGAACCUUCAACGACAGUUGUGUCGCGCACUGACGUUCCUUCUUGAAGCACACCUAGACAAGCUGAUCCCGAAUCUUCCAAAUAUUACGGAAUAUAUGAUUGUUCGAACUCAGGACACGGACGAGCAGACAGCGUUGGAAGCCUGUGAAUUUUGGCUUGCAUUUGCAGAGCAGCCACCCCUUUGCCACUCCGUCGUACAGCCUUUUCUGCCAAAGCUGAUUCCGGUUUUAGUGCGGUGCAUGAGAUAUUCAGAAAUCGACGUCGUUCUUUUGAAAGAAGAGGACCAGACCGUUCCGGACAAGGCGCAGGACAUAAGGCCAAGGUUUCACAAGUCCCGGGCUCAUCAACAGCAGCAUCUUGCGGGCGAAGAAUGUGAGGCACCUGAACCAAGCAUCGAAGAUGAUGAAGACAUCGAGGACAACGCACGCGACUAUGAGGCCCUUUCCGAUUGGAACUUAAGGAAAUGUUCUGCAGCUUCGUUAGACGUGUUUUCAAACAUAUUCCGGGACGAGCUUUUGCCCACAUUGUUGCCGAUCCUUAAAGAAACCCUGUCUAGUGGGGAUUGGGUCAUCAAAGAAUCUGGAAUUCUUGCCCUCGGUGCUAUAGCAGAAGGUUGUGCGGAUGGAAUGGCACCUCACCUGCCAGAGAUUAUUCCAUUCUUGCUUUCACGGCUUUGCGACCAAAAGGCACUCGUUCGGUCAAUUACGUGUUGGACACUUAGUCGAUACUGUCACUGGGUAGUGCAGCAACCACAUGACAGAUACUUCAAGGUUCUGAUGCAGGAGUUGCUGAGUCGCGUCCUCGAUGUCAACAAGAAAGUGCAAGAAGCAGCAUGCAGCGCGUUCGCCACUUUAGAAGAGGAAGCGUGCAUGGAACUUGUACCGUAUUUGCCGCAGAUACUUGAAACACUGAUCAAUGCCUUUGACAAAUACCAGGCAAAAAAUCUGCUGAUUUUGUACGAUGCGGUUGGUACAUUGGCUGAUUCAGUCGGCCAGUAUUUAAACAGUCCUGAGUUCAUCGAGUCACUGAUGCCGGCACUGAUCCAUAAAUGGAGCAUCUUACGCAACACAGACCGCGAGUUGUUUUCUUUACUUGAAUGUAUGUCCAGCGUCGCUGUAGCUUUACAAAACGGUUUCUAUGCUUAUUCUGAGCCCGUGUUCAGGCGAUGCAUUACUCUUGUUGAAGAAUGUCUGCAGCAUUCAAUGAACGCGGCGCAGAAUCAUGAGUCAGAUUCGCUGGACAAAGAUUUGUUAACCGUAACGUUAGAUCUUCUCAGCAGCAUGGCGGAAGGCCUUGGAGCCCAAAUAGAACCGUUAAUUGCUGUCAGCAAUUUAUUUGUGCUGCUCUACCAGACCUCGAAGGACUCUCUACCGGAAGUUAGGCAGAGUUCGUUUGCUUUACUUGGCGACCUUGUUAAAGUUUGUUAUUCUCACGCAGCUCCAUUCGUAGACACGUUUAUGCCAAUUUUGGUGCAAAACUUAAAUCCGGACUACAUUUCUGUUUGUAAUAAUGCGAUAUGGGCAUUAGGGGAAAUUGCACUUCAGAAAGGUCCUGGCAUGCGACAGUUCAUCGAUGACGUCCUUCCACGUUUGAUAUUUACGCUUAACAAAGAGAAUUCUCCAAAAACCCUUGUAGAAAAUACAGCAAUUACUAUCGGUCGGCUGGGGUUGCAUUGUGCGGAAGAGGUCGCGCCGAGUCUCUCUCAGUUUAUUCGCACCUGGUGUAUUUCGCUGCGCAAUAUCCGUGACAACGACGAGAAAGAAUCAGCGUUUAGGGGAUUGUGUAUGCUGAUAAGUGCUAAUCCGAUGGGAGUUGUGCAUGAUUUUAUUUUCUUGUGCGACGCUAUCGUAUCGUGGGUGAAUCCGAAACCUGAUUUAAAAAACAUGUUUUCGAGGAUAUUGCAUGGCUUCAAAGUUCAGCUUGGAGAUGAAAAUUGGCAGCGAUUCAUUGCCCAGUUUCCUGCGCCUCUUCGCAACCGAUUGCAAGAACAAUAUGCGAUAUGA